CGACGUCUGGACAGACAACUAUGAGCAAUGGACUCUGUUUCGGAGUCCUUUUGAAGCAGGGUCGAACCAGAGCAGAAUUAUCAUCACAACUCGCAGUUAGGAGGUUUCAUUGAUGAUGGGUACUACUUCAGCUUAUCCUCUCAAGCAGCUAUCGUAUGAUGAUUGUAUGUGCGUGUUUGCCCAACAUGCUUUGGGAGCAACAAGUUUUGACGGGCACUUGGAGCUGAAAGAAAUGGGUGAGGAGAUUGUCAAAAGAUGUGGAGGAUUACCUUUGGCAGCAAAAGCUCUUGGAGGCAUCUUAAGGGGUAAACCAAAUCCUAAAGUGUGGGAGGAAGUGUUGAGCAGUGGGAUAUGGAGAUCACCAGACUACAGGAGCAAUGUUCUUCCAGCCUUGAGAGUGAGCUAUCUUCAUCUUCCACCUCAUUUAAAGCAGUGUUUUGCUUAUUGUGCAAUUUUACCAAAGGAUCACGAGUUUGAUAGAAAUGAGUUGGUUUUGUUGUGGAUGGCUGAGGGUUUCUUGUAUGAUAAGAAGGAAAUGAAAGGCAACGAAGAUUUGGGUCAUAAAUAUUUUGAUGAUUUAUUAUCAAGAUCUUUUUUUCAACAAUCUAAUGAUAAUAAAUCAAUGUAUAUAAUGCAUGACCUAAUUAUUGAUUUAGCUCGCUAUGUUAGUGGGGAAACAUGUUUACAUAUGGUUGAUAAGUUGGAGAGUACAAAAUCAUAUGCAAAGAUUCGACAUUCGUCAUUUAUUGCUCAGUAUAGGAACACUUUCCAAAGAUUUCAAAGCUUCUAUGAAAUGAAGAAUUUGCGGACAUUUUUAUCAAUGUAUCACGACAAUAACUGGAGGUGCCAUUUAACUGGUAAGGUGGUGCAUGACUUGGUGCCAAAAUUGAAAUGCUUAAGGUCACUAUCUCUAACUUAUUAUGCAAUUGAGGAGUUGCCAGAUUCUAUUGGUGGCUUAAAGCACUUACGCUACCUUGACUUAUCUUAUACUAGAAUCAAAAGGUUGCCUGAAUCAGUGGAUAAACUCUUCAAUUUACAGACAUUGAAGUUGCGUGGUUGUGAUAUCCUUACGAGGUUACCUAGUGGCCUAUGCAAUUUACUCAACUUGCGGCAUCUUGAUAUUGUGGGCACAAGGAAAUUGAAAGAAAUGCCACCACAAAUUGGUAACUUGACUGGUCUAUGCCUGUUGACCAAGUUUGUAAUUGGGGGAAGCAAUGGACGAGUCACAGAGUUAAAGAAGCUUUCUGGCCUACAAGGGCAACUUCACAUUGAAAGUUUAGGGAAGGUAGUAGAUAUUCAAGACGCAGAUUUGGCCAAUUUGAAGGAUAAGCAUAUCAGUAAAUUAAACUUGGAAUGGAAUCGGAGCUGUGCUCGGAUUGGGCCUCGUGAAUUUUCCUAUGACUUGAUAAACUCAAGUGACGAAGAACAAGUUCUUAACUCAUUACGGCCACAUCAAAGUCUGUCAAGCCUUUCAAUUGUAUCAUUUGGUGGAAGGAAAGUCCCAUUGUGGCUGGGAGAUCCUUUGUUCACUAGCAUGGUAGAGGUGAAGUUGAGCUAUUGUGACCAAAUCACAUCAUUGCCACCACUUGGGCGACUAAAAUCCCUGAAAAAGUUAAGCAUAAAAUGUCUGGAUAAAGUGAAAGAAGUAGGAGUAGAGUUUUAUGAGGAUGAUUCAUGUUUUCCUUGUUUGGAGACACUCGAGAUUAUCAGUAUGGUUCAAUUGAAGCUGUGGACUUGGUCUAUUGAUCUGGUUGAAGAUUCUGUCCCAAAAUUCCCUAAGCUACGUAAGCUUCGAAUAGUGAGUUGUCGUGAUUUUGUUGGAAGACUGCCUACAUUCCUUCCUUCCCUAGAAGAACUUGAUAUUUUUGGAUUUGAAAAGUUAGUUGAUUUGCCAAAAAUGCUUCCAUCACUUUUAACAUUCUCUAUUGAUGGCUCUCUUGGUCGGGAUCAAUGUCGAGGGGCAUUUCUCAGAAGUGUGGCUAAUUCCCCCUCUCUAACUACCUUAAAAAUUAGUUUCGUUUCAGGGCUUGUAAGAUUAGAGGAAGCUGUAAUAAAGACCUUGAGGUCACUAAAAGUUUUUGAGAUUAGUUAUUGUUUUGAUCUGAGAUGCUUGUGGAAUGAUGGAACAAAUUCAGACUAUCUUACUAGUCUAAAGCAUUUGGAAAUCAAGGAUUGUCCGGAGCUUGUGUCAUUGGUGGAUGGGGAGGAAGGGUUUUUGCCUGGCAAUCUAGAGAUUUUGAGCAUAGAAGGAUGCCUAAAUCUGAAGGUGUUGCCAAAUGGGCUGAGCAACCUCAAGUCUCUAAAUUCUUUGAGUAUCAGCUCAUGUAGAAGUUUAGUCUCCUUCCCAGUAAGGGGUUUGCCACACAGCUUGGUAUGUCUUAGAAUCGAAAACUGUGAUUCUUUGGAGUCGCUGCCGGAGGGAAUGAUGCAAGACCAUUAUUACAUUAGCGAGACGUCUCAUCUUGAGAAAUUGUAUAUCAGGGGAUGUGAAUCUCUCAGGCAAAAUCCAAAUUGCAGGUUUCCUGAUUCCCUAAAGACCCUUGAGAUUCACAACUGUCCGUCACAAACCUUAAACUCGCUAUAUUAUGGGCUUUCUCAUCUCACAGAAUUACGAAUAUCAGAUUGUCCUCAAUUAGAGUCAUUUCCAGAGAAGGAAUUGUCCAUCCCCAGUAUUGUAUCAUUGACAAUUUCAGACUGUGGAAGAUUAAGGUCUCUAUCCAAUCACAUGCAAAACCUCCGGUGUCUAGAAAAUCUACAAAUAGAGGACUGUUAUCAGUUAGAGUUGUUCCCAGAAAUGGGAUUGCCCACCCCCAAGCUUGUCUCUUUAACAUUUGCUCGGUGCAAAAAGUUGAGGUCUCUACCCAAUCAGAUGCAAAACCUUACUUGCCUUCGAUUUCUACGUGUAUAUGGCUGUGAUUAUAUAGAGUCCCUAACUGAAGGGUGUUUACCGCCAAACCUAUCUGAGCUUUCCAUCAUUGCUUGCGAUAAUCUAAAACAGCCGAUGCCAGAGUGGGGACUCCAUAGACUCAACUCUCUUACAAAAUUGAGUAUCAGUAACACAAAGUCAAAUAGAGAUAUGAUUUCCUUUCCAGAUGAUGAUGGCUUACUACUUCCCGGUUCUCUAACCUAUGUCAAAAUCUCUUAUUUCGAAAAUCUGAGAUCCAUAUCAAGGGGCAUCCAAAAGCUGACCUCUCUUAAAAGCUUACAUAUUUGUGGCGAGAAACUUCAGUCCUUCCCAGAUGUGGGCUUCCCUGCUACACUUGAAGAACUAUCUGUUUAUGGCUGUCCUCUACUGCAAGAUCGUUGCUUAAAAGAUAGAGGAGAUUACUGGCCAAUCAUUUCUCAUAUCCCCAUUGUUUGUAUCAACAAUCAGAACGAAGUAACAAAAGAUUAUAUCUUACGCAAAUGGUAGGGUCUGCAUCGUUCUGCAAGUCAGGGAACAUUUGCAAACUUCGCUCGAGUGAAUGUCCUGUUUCUUAUUCUACCCGAACUUUACCAUAAUUUUGAUAUGGGCAUCAGUUUUCGAAUCUGUCCUGGUCCUUGUUUUCCCGUCCAUCUUAAUCCAAAUUUGCUAGUCCAAAUGUGAGUAUCGAACUAUUGUUAUCAAUUUCCAAAAGAAUCCAACCCUAUUUUGCUUCAUCUUAAUAUUUGGAAAGCUCUUUUGAAUGAUAGGCAUUUUGCAAGAAUUGACUAUCAAAUCUUACAGUUGUAUUCAUUUGGUUAGUAGUGAUGAGGUGUUCAUUAUAAAAAUCAAAACAUAAUAUAAAUUGCAUAAAUUCAAUUCCCCUUCAUAUUUGUUCAGAUUCAUGUAUUUAAGUUUCAAUUUUGGACUUUAAAUAGUAGAUUUUAGAAUCUAAAAUUUUGAGAAUUUCAAA